CGGCUCAGAGUUGCCGCUGCAGUUGGUACUGGUAAAAAGGAUGGUAUAGAAAGAUGUGAAACUAUGGUCAGAGAAGAGAUUGACGUAAUUAAUGUUGAUGCAGGUGUUGAUGCAAUGAAGAUUAGAAUGGAACCUAGAUCAACAUGCACAACAAGUAGUGGGUGUGAAGCUAAUGUGCCUUUUUUAGUAUUUCUGAAUCUGAAAUGUUCGUUAACGUUGGUGUAA